ACGCAGUCGCAGAAGUAGAACUAAAUGCGGAAGUUUGAGUAAAAGUCUGCGGAGAAACAAAGCAGCGUCUCGUCGAACUGCGCCACUUUCUUUCGCUGUGAACUGUUAAAGAACUGAGCGCUUCGUCAUGGAUGGAGUCUACGCUCAGACGACGACCCCGAAUCCCAGAACCUCUUGUUUCCAGAUCCCGUUGGACUUUCUGGACAUGAAAAGAUUUGGGGUCAAAAUUGUGGAAGUGCUGCUGUCAUUCGUGGCGUUCGUCACAGAGGAGAUGGUGAGCAGUUGUAUCAGCUGUCCUCCCCUUUACCUCUUCGAGUUCGUCAGCUGCACUGCCUUCCUCUUCACCCUGCUGCUCCUCAUCCUCCUGGCCUCCCCCCUGCACCUGAGAGUGGGCAUCACCUGCUGGCCAAUGCUGGACUUCGUCUACACUACUAUCAUCGCUGUAUUGUUCAUCAUCGCCUCCAUCGUUUUUGCUUCAUCAAACAGUGGAACAUCUCUGGAGAAAGCCGCAGCAGUUUUUGGUUUCAUGGCAUCAGUGGCAUUCGUUGCUGACAUCUUCCUGUUCUUUAAAGAAAAUGGCCUCCCUUUUAACAAGAUGGAGAAGCAGGGCCCCACUAACGGCAUCAUGCCGCCUGUGGAGGCUCAACCAGAGGCCGAGAAACUGACCGCCACAGAAAACGGCCAGUAAACCAUCCAUGUUCUGUUCAUGUGGUCAGAUGGUAUUUUAUGCACUCUUCCUUUCGCAUGACAACAGGGGGCGGAGCUUCAGUCAAUUGACCUCACAUCACCUACACUCCUUUAGCUUAGGGUGCUCUGCUGAGAGACACAUGUGACGAACUUUUAUCAAUUAACCAAUCAGACGACAGGACAGCAGUGGCCGCUGUCUGAAAGAUGGACCACAUGUUUCUCCACAUGUUAAAAACGAUGAAAAAGAUACAAAAUAUUUGCUGUUUUAUUCUUUUUAUAGAUGAAAAUUUCUAUGAGCUGGAAAGUAACAUGAAUUAUUUUUGUUUUUAAUCUGUUACGAUCAGUUGAAAUAUUUUGUCGUGAAUCAUGUUUUAUUUUAUUUUAUUUUGAAAAAUUUUGUCACUGUUUCCUAAACUGGUCAUGGUUCAUUCACUCAAUUGUUUAUAUUCAUUAGGAGAUUUGGCACAAAAUAAUCCACAAACUAAACAUUUAGACAAAGAAAAUAACUUAUCUCUAGUGUCAUUUUUUUUUUAACAUAGAAGCUAAACUCAAACACAAUAUUUUGCCUGUUUUUAGUUCUUUUUUUUUUUACCUGACAGUUAAAUGAUGCAACAAAAUUGAAGAAAUUUAGCUCAGAGUUUGUUAAUGAAUUCAGUGUUGAUGAUUUUUAAAACACCCCCAAAAUGAGUCACAGGGUUUUUCAGAAAAUAAAGUAUCAUUGCAAAAAUAGAGAAUCAUAAAGAUAGAAAACAGAAACAUUAUAACAGAUGCAGAGAUGAUGAAAACAUGUGAAUAGAUGUGAAUUUUCAGAAAUCUCUAUAAACAGCUGAUGCAAAGGCAGAAAUGAGGAAAGUCAGUUACAUCUCUGAGAAUUGAAUAGUUAUCAGUCUCUGGUGCUGUAAUUCAGUUUGUCCAACAGGUGGAGCUGUUGACUUAGAUUUGUGUAAAUCAGGCCAAGGGAUCAUCAACUGAUAUUAUUGUUUGUGGGCCUUUAAUGUUUAUAUUUGACGAAUCUUCUAUAACAGCAGAUUCACAGAUCUCUGCACAAACAUCACUUAAGUAUCUAACAGUUUAAAAAAUAUUUCCCUCCUCCCAAACCUUCACCGCUUCCACCAGCCUCUGACUUCCUGUAGACCGACCACUUUACCAGAUUACCUUCAAUUUAAAGGAACAUUCUGCUCAAAACACUAUUUGUCCUCAUCCUGUGGAGAAUUAGCUUUUAGAGGACGUUCACCGCAACAAACACACAUUUAAUUGUUGAGAAACAACAUGUUUGGGUUGGAAAUGAAACAACCAAAUAUAACACAGUUUAAAACUCUAAAAUGAUGUUAAAUCCCAGAAUUAUCAGGAUUUAUUCCCAUUCAGAUGCAAAUUAAGUCUGAGUCCCAGUGAUUUUACAUAAAGAGCUUGGUCUUUUCCGUGAGGGGUUAAAAAGAGAAAAAAAAAAAAAAACUGAAAGCUGCAUUUUCUUUCAGUUUUAUCUAAACAUGAUAUAAGACUUGGUUUCAUUGUAUUUCAAAGUUUUCAGACACUGAACAUGGUAUUUAUCUCUUAUUAUUUAGGCUAAGUUUGUGUCUGUGCCUGAACUCUGCCAUGUUCUCCACUGAUUUCAUUUCCACUUUUGUGUUUCUGAAGGACCUAAAGUUUUUUGUUUAUUUUUUUUUUCAAUAAAAAUUCAUUUGUUAUUUCUGAACAUAUGAGGACACAGAUGAGCUGUUAAAUGUGUCAAUGUUCAGUUCCUCAAAUCAUUUGACAAUGAUCAGUCUCUACUGUCUUUUAAUAUCAUGCUGUAAAGCAAUUCUUUGUUCAAACCAUGAUUUUUUUUUUUUUUUGUGCAUGUGUAAAUUGCUCUGUAUUUUUGACUCUUGUGUGUAAUAUCUCAAAAACCUUUUACUCAGAUGCAGCAGAUUCAUCUUUCAACCACAAUAUUACAUUCUUAAAAAGGAUUUCUGUUCAUGUUUUAACUUUUAUGCCCAGAAAAUGAAGUGGACUGCAAUUUAGAAAUGUCAAACAUCUCCAAUCACAUAUUUUCACCAGUUUCAACAUUUACAGAGUAUCACUCCUUACAUUCCCUUUAUAAAAUCCUCACAUUUUUAAAAAAUUUUUCAUCAUUAUUUAAAAAGUAGCAAAGCAUAUGAAGUAGUUACUGUUUCCAUCACAUCUUCUGUGCCUGAUGUAUAAAAUUCAUCUCUUAUGUAACAAUCAAUGAGAAAAUGUAGCUGAUGUUGGUAGAAAAGUUUUAUGAUUUUUGACCCAAAUAAUUGUCAGUCGUGUUUUUUCAGUUGACAGAUGAAGAAGCUCAGUUGUUAGUAAGAAGUUUUAUUCACUAAAAUAACUUUAAAAUUCAAUCAUUUGUGCUUGUAGAUCAUAGAUAUGGUAUAAAAUCUGAGAAUUACAAGAUUAUAUUGUUUCUAAAUUUUAAUAAAAACUUUUCCUACAAAUGAUUCCAGGUUUAGAAACAUAGAAAUUUAAGUAAUAUCUUCAUUGUUUUCCUUGGUGAAUGUUAUGCACUUUUAUAAACUAAUGUCUUAAAACCCAGUGAAGUCUUAAUGUUUGUUUUUUUGUUUUUUUAGUAAAGAUUAAUGGGUUACAUGAAUGACAAUCGCAUAUUAUGUCCUGUCAGACAUGAAUCUGUUUUAUAUCCAUGUGUCUGAUGACAUGUCAUGUUCAGGACCAAGUGAAAAUGUUUUGUAACAUAUAUUUCCAAUCAGUGCCUUAAAAUAGACGUUAGUUUUUACUGGAAAACCAUUGGAGGUGAAUAAACUUGAGUAGGUAUUAAUUAAAGAGCCCACUUUGGUUUUAAAGGUUGCUGUAAUUUCACAUCUCAUGUCAGCUUUGUAUUGUUCAGUUGUGUAAUAAACACAUUUUCAAGAAAUCUGA